AUGGAAGCCUUGGUCUGUGCGUUCUCUGAGCUGCGCAUAAGAGAAGCUGAGGCUCUGCAGGCCAGGGUGGGGCUCAUCCCACCAGCAUGGGACUGUUCUCCCGUCACAGGCACUGGGGCCCACCGGCCACACCCUUCUGCUCUCCCCUCCACAGACGCAGUGAGCUGGGCCCAAGGACACACCAGUCACCCCGACACACCACCCAAUAUCUACGAGGCGGGCCUGGGGGCCCAGCAGCAGCAGUGCCCCAGUGCCCAGGGAAGCAAGCCCAAGAACUUCCGGCUGCGCCACCUCCGGGGCCUGGCUCUCUACCUGCCAGGCCACUUGCAGCCUGCUGGCCAAUGUGAGAGCCACUGGCUGGGUCGGCUCCUGGCUGGGGGCUGCCUGCCACAGCCCGAGGGCCUCGUCUGGCCCCUAGACUUAGCACAGGGGACUGUGGGCCAAGGUAACAGCCACCACUCAGCCCUUCUGGAAGCUCAACUGCCCAGGGACAGCCGGGGAAAUACAGCUUCCAGUUCCAGCAUAGACCCAGCCAAGGGUGCCCACUCCCAGUCUGGUUCCCCUGAAGGCUUAGGGCUCAGGCCUAAGAGAUCCUGGGGUACCCCAGAGGAGACCACAUGUCCCUUGUGCAAGAAAACCCGCUCUGGGGGCCUGGAGAGGCCGUAGGGAUCCGAGUGCCAGGGCUGGUUCUCCCAGCUCAGGACAGGAGGGGAGAGGGUGGCACCAGGAGCAGGAGGAGACAGGUCCGGGGCGGGGGGGAAGGGCACAGCCCCCACCAGUAGCACCCCCACACCGAGACACCCGGGCAGCUGCCCAGCACCAGAGCCUGGGCCAGCCUUGGGAAAGCUUGAGGGUGGAGGGAGGGAGGAAGAGGUCCCACGAGAGGGACAGAGAAAAAGGAAGCAGCCAGGGCAUGCCCCUGCAGCCUGCUUCAACUCACGUCAGCCACGGGUACUGCAGAGGCUGGGUGGCGUGGAGAGCUGGGCUCCCGAGGGGCCGGGGAGCCUACAGAUCUAAUGUCAAUAAAAGCCAAGGCCUGCGCUUCAGUCCCUGGGUCUGUCUGUCAUCCGGCCAAUUGGGUCAGAGAAAUGGCCCCUUGGCACGUGUGCUCUGACAGCUAAGUUCGGUGUCGCUCCCAGGAGAAUCCGAGGUGCUCCCACCCCGAAGAGGGUGCCGUCCUCCUCUGGGCAGGCAGGGUCUCGGCAGGCCUACCAACAGGGCGUGGUGUUCUGGGUGAAGAGGGCAGAGGACAGAGAAAGUUAGGUCGGGCUCAGGGAGGAUGUCGGGAAGGAAAGCAAGUUCCCAACCCGGACAGAAAUGUUGGCCCUGGCCCCACACCGCCCACUGAGGCCACAGUGGAGCUCACGCUCCCUGGGGACCCCUGGCCGCCCCGAUUCUCCAGGCAGAAUGGGCACAGCCCUUCUCCCCGCAGGGCGAGACUCCAGGCACCCAGGCAUGGGCUUGCUGUACCGGGAGGCCCUCACCCUGGCCCUGCUGCCAUCUGGGCUGGGCCCCUCUCUGUCUCGGGGGCUGUCCCGUGUGCUGUAGGAUGUUUAGUGGUGUCCCUGGCCUCCAUUCACUGGAUUCCAAGAGAACCCUCCUCCCAGUGCAGCAACCACAGCCUCUGGGUGGUCUCAUGUCCCCUGGGGGGCAGAAUCACUCUGGCCAAGACGCCCUGCUCCACAUCACUGGGCUUUGGCCUGUGGAGAUUGGAUGGGAGGAUCCGGGUUUGCCUCCAUGAUCCUCGCCAUCUCUGGCUUCCUGUCCUGGCAGCCCGAGCUGGGCCAGCACCUACCUGCCCCUCUCAUGGGCCUGUCAGACCACACGUGAUGGUGUCAAGCACAUUCUGGACGUCGGAGAGCAGGCAUCCUUCCAGACACAGGGGAAGGCUUCCUCAGGCCCUGCCCUAGACCUGUAUCCUCGGAUGGCAGAUUCUGGAGACGCUGGUCCCUAGUUGUGGGGGGGGGGGGGGUCCAAGUUGGGGCCACCAGCCCCAGGCCCUGUCCCACAGGAGGGCCAUCUGGAGGAGGACCAGCUCUUGGGGACCAAUGCACCCAGGCUGUGGAGGGGCCCGGCCUCCCCAGGCUGGGCUCUCAGGCCCACUGCUCACAGCUGUGUGGCUCCUGGGCAACUCCUAGCCCCUCAACCAGUUUUCCUCAUUUGUCUGAUGGAGGGACAAGCAUGACCCCUGUCCCCAGGGAGGCCAGAGG